CAGAAGAGGCGGUACAGGCCGGGCACGGUCGCGCUCAGGGAGAUCAGGAAGUACCAGAAGAGCACGGACUUCCUCAUCCGCAAGCUGCCGUUCGCGCGGGUGGUGCGCGAGAUCGCGCUGGACAUGAUGACGGACACGCAGGUGUAUAGCGAUCGCGGGCUCAUGUGGCAGAGUUCGGCUCUGCAGGCUCUCCAAGAGGCCACGGAAGCGUAUCUAGUCCACCUAUUCGAAGACGCAAAUCUAUGUGCCAUACACGCGAAACGUGUGACCAUUAUGCCCCGAGACAUCCAACUCGCGCGUCGGAUACGAGGUCCCUGGGGCGGCAUGGCGUGA